AUGUCCGGAGACAUUUUUGAUUGUCACUACAUGGGAGGUGCUAUUGGCAUCUUGUGGAUAGAGACAGGGAUGCUGCUCAACGUCCUGCAGUGUCACUGCUCAGUAACUCUCUGGAACAUGGUGGACGGCAGCUUCUCCUUUGGGGGCUGCUUGCUGUUACAGACAUGCUUCUUUUCUCUUUCUCUGUUUCAGCAACUGGAAGCCAUUUGCGUCAAGGUGACAUCUGGAGAAACGAAAGGCCAGGAACAGCCGGUGCCCCCGCCAGCCGCCAUCCAGCCCACGGCGGGCAGGCCGAGCCAGCCACCCGGGAGGCCCCCCAGCGUGCUGGGGCUCAGCGUCGCCAGCCCUCAGCUGCUCAGGGCUCAGCCCGUCCUGGGCACCGGGACACAGCUGUGCUUCCUGAGUAACUCACCGUCGCCUCCUGUUCAAGUGUUUGUGCAGAGGCCAUUGCCUGCCCUCCGACCAGUCUCCGCAAAGACAGUCGCGGCCCCCCAGGCUCUGAAUGGACAAGGUGCCACCUUGGCCCUGUUGUCAGCCUCUGACCCCCCGGCAAUAACCUCUGUUUCAUCCAGUUCAGCAAAUUUAUUUAUUUCCAACCUGCAUACAAAACACAGUGAGAAACUGAAAAAGUCUUUAAAAGUGAAAACACGUUCUGGGCGGAUCUCUCGACCUCCCAAGUAUAAAGCUAAAGAUUAUAAAUUCAUAAAAACGGAGGAUUUGGCCGACGGUCACCUGUCAGAUUCUGACGAUUAUUCGGAGCUGAGCGUGGAGGAGGAUGAGGAGCAGAGGGAGAAGCAGGCGCUCUUCGACCUGCCGAGCUGCUCCUUAAGGCCCAAAACCUUUAAGUGUCACACGUGUGAGAAGUCAUACAUAGGAAAGGGGGGACUGGCCCGGCAUUUUAAACUUAACCCAGGCCACGGCCGACCGGAACCGGAACCGGAGACGGUGCUGCCUGAGAAAGCCAACGGGAGCAUGGCCCGGGGCUGCGUGGAGGGCAGGACCGUCAGCCUGACUUCCCCGGGGCUGUCCACACCCGCUCUUAAUGGCCAGCCCAUGGAGGAGGCGUUGGUGUCUGAGCCAGCAGAUGGAAGCUACUCAGCCCUCCCGGGAUCAGAGGGACACCCAGGACCUGGAAGUGGCCGCCCCACGGCCCCUGCGGAGCCCAGUGCCGCGGUCCUGGAGGAGAGCAGGGUGGCCCAACCGCACGCGGGCCCCGGGGCAGCAGGUGCACGGAGCACGGCGAGGAGCAGGGCCAGGCGCAGGCUCGCGGAGGUGUCGCUGACUCCUGCCCCCGAAACCCGUUUCUGUGGCACGGUGCGUGCAGUUCACUCUGAGGUUUCUGAAUCUGAAAGUGAACUACCCAGAUCCACUAAACGGUUCGCCGGAAAUGGAACUGGAUGGAUGAAGCACAUGUUUCUGCACCAGUGUGACCGGGAGGAUCUCGUGGAGUUGGCUCUGCCUCAGCUGGCCCAGGCUGUGACUGUGCAUGAGUUUCUUCUGAUGAAGGUUGAAAAAGCUCAUCUAGCAAAGCCUUUUUUCCCAGCCGUGUACAAGGAAUUUGAAGAGCUGCAUAAAAUGGUUAAGAAAAUGUGUCACGAUUACCUCUGUAGCUCCGGCCCAUGGUCUCAGGAGCCCCUGGAAAUAAACGACAAUGAGGUCGCCGAGUCCUUAGGAAUCACCGAAUUCCUGAGGAGAAAAGCAGCACACCCAGGUCGCAGCCCCCGCGCGCGCACCAGCCAAGAGGCGGCCGGAGAGGCCACUGGCGGUCAGAAGAGGGACAGCGAGGCCGCAGAGGAGGGGCUGGCCUCAGUGAAAAGGACCCGGGGGGCUGCUCUGCGCCAGGACACCGCCGAGUCCCCUGCCGACGGCAGAGGCCCGCGGAAAGUGCGGCGAACAGGCCGUGCCGCAGCUCACGAGCGAUCACGUAUUUUCACACACUGUUUAGGUUGUGCCCCUCGAGUGAAUGGGGACACCUCCCGCCGUCCUGAAGAAGGCCACGCGGUGCCCGCCCCGGACAGCAACACAAGCACACCACAGGCGGGCCAGCGGCUCACGGCGUUUGCCGACUCGGCAGCCGGGAGCGGGUCUGCGCAUCCCCCACUGUCCUGUCCAGGUGUCGGCGGGCCAGGCCUUCACACCCAGCCCGGGACGAUGACCCAGGAGCAGGCGGUAGCGUUCCCCACGGAGGAAGCUCAGGGAUGCUCUUCAGACCUGAGUGCUGGGGACAGCCUGGGGAGCUGGGCCCUCUGCAGCAGCUCGGCUUCCGCGGGAGGAGCGGCAGCCUCGCUGCCUGCAGGGUCUGGAAGGGCCGAAGCUGGGGAGUCCCGCGAGAUGCCUGACCGCCACCUGGGCGGCCAGCCGGCCAGCCCCAGCAAGGCCCUGCGAGCAGAGGUCACAGCCCCUCCACUGGACAGAGCCUCAUCCAUGGACUGUGCCUACACCACCGUGCCCAAGCUGGGGCCUCGGCCCGGCCAGGCUGGAUCGCCGUCUGCUGACGAGGGGCUUGGGAGCCACGCGGGGGACUUGGACCAGUUUCCCUGUGGGACAGGGGUGCACACUGACCAGAGGGCACUGGGGACCGUCCCUGCCGUCGGUGAAGCCAUGGCCUUUGAAAUCACCAACGCGUGCCGCGAACUUUUGUCUCAGGGACAGGAGCAGAUAUUUAUUCAGACUCCCAAUGGGCUUCUCUUGUCCCACCCAGGUUCCAUAGUGUCUGGGGAGGAGGGCAUUGUCAUACUGACCCAGGCGGAGGGGCCUGCCCUGCAGACGGUCCCCCCGGAUCGGCUGCCUCUAGGAACCGUGGAGGCAGAGCCCUUGCAGUGAAACGGGGUCAUGACCGCAGCCCUAGGUUUGUACGUAUUUUAUCCAAAAAAAGUCUAUUUCAAGUAAUGUAUAUUUUUCUAAUGUGAAUACCGACACAAAUGAACAUUUUAUUUAUAAAGAAUGUCUUUC